AUGCUGAACGUGCUGCCCCUAGAUAUUACACCUGCUUUCUUAGGCAAGCCACACUUUUUCAUCGAAACGAUACCCCAAAGCAACUCAAGCUCGGGCAAAACGCUGACCAUCUACGCUGAUGGAUCAAAGAAGGCUGGAGGUUCCGGAGCGGGAAUUUUCUCGCACGAUCUCCAGCUGCACGUUUCCACUUCGUUAGGAUCGUAUUGCACGACUGGUCAAGCCGAAUUAACUGCUAUAAACAUAGCAGCCGAUGCUAUCAUCGACUCCAAAAAAGUCGGCAGAAACGUUGUAAUCUGCAAUGGUAGCAGACAGGCUAUGCUGGCGGUUGGUAGGCACCAAACUAUAUCAUCGUUGGUGAAGUUCUGUCGGCAAUCACUCGAGGAGGCAAACGUAUCCAACAACGUCACGAUAAAGUGGCGAAAAGGACACAUCGGAAUUAAAGAAAAUGAUCAUGCGGACAGGCUAGCGAAACGGGCAGCUAACGAGAUCUCCCCCGAUCUCCCCUGA